CUGAUCAAGACUUCGUGGAAUCUAAAAGUAUGCAAAAGUCUGAUUUAUCUGUCUGUUGAGAUACAUCGAUGGAUUUUGGUCCUCCUCAACCUACAAACGAACCGAUCUCAACGCUGCUACUUCCACUUGACAAUAAACGGUUAUAUAUAUAUAUAUAUAUAAGAGAUAUUAGAUCUGUCGUGUAGUGUCUCGUCACUAGUAGUGUGUGUUUGAAUUUUUUUCAUUUCACUGUGGUUGUGCGUUUUUUAUAUGCUAUGGGAACCAUACUCAGUAUCGCUCCUCGAGGACCAAAAUCUGAAUAUGGCGAAUACACGCCUAACUAUGAACAGCUAAACAACGCUAAAAAUAAGGAGAAAUGUGAGGAGAAAGCCAAUGUUAACCAACAUGGCCAUUUUAAAAAGCAUUCCCUGUUCAUCAAUGCCCUCACGUGGAAACAUAUUAGCGUGUCUGGUAAGAAAAGAACUGACAGGAACAAGAGUACGACUUCUCGCCAUCCACUAGAUAACCUCGAUACUUUGGUGGACAACAAUAAGAACAUUCAGAAAUCUUUAUCGUCCUAUAAUGUAAAGAGCGGUAAUAUCGGGUCAGUAGACGUUGUUAACAAAAACAACAACAAUUUCCAGAAGGCCGCACCACCACCCUUACCCCCUAAACCAGCAGUGCUUUCUGGACACAACUUAGUCCGCCCUGCUCCUCCAGGAGCCCUCGCAGCUAGUGGACCACUUGUACUCAGUAGACCGCCCCCUCCUCAAAGUGUGCACAACAAAACAGUGAUUCAGGCGUCCACCUCGGAACUCCUAAGAUCCCUGGGGGAAUUCUUGUUCAAGAAGUGUCGGAAAGUGAAGGACUUCCAGGCUGGAGACGCUGUUAUGUGGCUUCGGACAGUGGACCGAUCGCUCCUGCUUCAGGGCUGGCAAGAUAUCGCCUUUAUCAACCCAGCCAAUGUUGUCUUUCUUUACAUGUUGGUGAGGGAACUGGUAACUGACGAAAUAGACAGCGAGGGAGAGCUGCAAGCCAUCGUGCUGACUUGCUUGUAUCUUUCCUAUUCCUACAUGGGUAAUGAAAUUUCCUAUCCGUUAAAGCCUUUUUUGGUAGAAGAAACCAAGGACAUAUUCUGGGAUCGCUGUCUUCUGAUCAUCAACUUGCUCAGCGGUAAAAUGUUACGUAUCAACAGCGAGCCCAGUUUCUUCACCGACGUAUUCACCGAAUUAAAGGCUUUCUGUCCUGCUUCUGGCUAACGAUAAUAAACUUCUAGCUGAUAAGACUAUAAAGUAUCUAGAUAAAGUUCAAACCAUGAAAGUAAAGUAUCUAAAGAGAAUAUACACCAGAACACUGCGUCCUGGGGUCAUAAUAACUCGACUGGAUAAAUAUUGUCCAGACUAAAGUAUUUUAGUCCUUCUCCGGACAUGUUUGGUACAGUUUCAUUCCAUUUUUUUUCAAGGUUAUUUGAAUUUAGCUUCGUUUAAGGCCCAGUAUCUUGCCAUUCUUGAUGUCAGUGUGGAGUUAAUCUAGACAAGGUAACCUAUACUUAAUACUGUGGUUUGCACUGUGAUAAAUAUAACUCUUAAGAUUUUGCAAAAUUAAAAAGCUGAAUAUGAUUUGGGCAAUAUAAUUCACGUUACUGCUAUAUUCAAAAUGAAUUUGUCUUUUAUCAGGCCAAAACUAUUGCUCAUAAAACCUUAAAUUAU